CCCUCCUUCUCUUCUUGCUGUGUGCAGUUCCUGACGUCGUCGCUCUUUACCAUUCUGUUUUCUCAGUCACUCGUUCACCAUGCCUUCCUCAUCACUCUUUCUGAGGUCGAGCACCACACUCAUUUCUGCUUUGUCUUUGCUUUCAGCGUCUGUUUCAGCAGCGCCCGCUAAUACCUACUACGCGUUGGAUACUGAAUACUCUGGUACUACCUUCUUCGAUGGCUUCACCUUCUUCGACACGGCCGAUCCCACCCAUGGCUUCGUCACCUAUGGGGAUCGAACGUUUUCUGAGCAGAAUGGCCUCAUCACCUACGAUGGUGGCUCGGUGCAGAUGAGAGUGGAUGACGCAAACACCUACGAUGGAAAUGCAAACUACUGGAUGGUCAAUGGUGUUGGACGACCGAGUGUCCGCAUCGAAAGUACUUCUUCAUGGACACACGGUCUCUUCAUCACCGAUGUCAAGCAUAUGCCUACUUCGACGACAAGCGGUGGAUGCAGUGUAUGGCCUGCUUUCUGGACCCUGGGUAGCGGAGAAUGGCCCUACAGUGGCGAAGUCGACAUCAUCGAGGGCGCAAACACGAACCAGGUCAAUCUGGGAUCAACCCACACGGGUAAUACGUGCACUGUUCAACAGAGCCCUUUCCAGAUGACCGGAACUCCAGCAGGCAACAACUGCGACUACUUCCUCGGUAAUAACCAAUAUAACGGUGCGGGUUGCGGUGCUUAUGACACCCGCUCGGUCAGCUGGGGCGCGGGCUUCAACGCCAACGGUGGUGGUGUGUAUGCGAUGGACUGGACGUCGGAUGCCAUCAAGAUCUACUUCUUCCCCCGAGGGAACAUUCCAUCAGACAUCACUGCUGGCACUCCAGACCCCAGCGGCUGGGGUUUACCAUUCACAAUCUUCAACGGCCCAAGCUGCGACAUUGAUGCCAACUUUGCCGACCACAGAGUCGUAUUCGAUACCACCUUCUGCGGUGACUUUGCUGGUGCCACAUGGGCCAGCAGUGGAUGUGCUGCAAACUACGGAGACUCAUGCUCCAACUUUGUGGGCAACAACCCGAGCGAGUUCUCUGAGGCAUACUGGGAUGUCAAUUAUGUCAAAAUAUUCCAGACUAAGCCCGUCACAACGAGCACCACGACAUCUACCACAUCAACAACGUCUACCACGUCUACCACGUCUACCACAUCGACAACGAGCACGACAAUGACGACGACGACGACGACAACGAGCGCUAUCACUUCAAGCACUACCAGCACUACCAGUGUUGCCCCUUCGACCUCUACAACCACAUCAGUAGCCAUGACCACUUCGGGCAGCACGAGCAGCGCAGCUCCUGUCAGCACUACUACCCAAACUACAACGACCUCCGCGGUCACCACCACCGGCGUCGUUCCAACGACCACGACUACAAGCAACGCUGUCGGACCGAUCGGCCAGACAACUUCGACCACAGCCACGUCUUGGACAUUUUUCCCCAAUACCACGACGACACAAACAACAACUUCAAGCUUUGACAUCGGCCCGAUCGGGGGAAGCUCGACGACGACGCCUUGGCUAAGCACGACGGUUUCACCUGUGUCGACCGAGAGCGCAACUUGGCUUGACUGGGUUGACUCGACAACGACCCAAAGCACUCCCGCUCCAUAUUCCACGACCACACCAGCAGUGGAUUCCACCUGGCUUGACUGGACCGCAUCAACAACGACAACAUCUUCUGCAGUCGUUGACCCAACCUGGCUUGAUUGGACCACCUCGGCAACGACAACGCCCACGACCACAUCGGCCCCAGGUACAUGGGCAGAUUGGGAACCAGUCACCAUCACACUCACCCAGACCUGGAUCGAGCCCUGCCCGACUGGAUGGGUCACAAAGACAACCAGCCUCAUCACGACACACUGUGGCUGCACCCAGACCCCCUUGCCGACCAUCCCGGUCAAGGUUAUCACCAUCACUCCUGGCGCAGGAUGGCCCGUCACCACACCGGUCAUCGUGACCGUGCCAGCCAGCCCAUCUCCAGCAGGUCCUGCACAAAAGACACCCUCCAAACCUGCUGCUCCUGGUACUAUGGUGACCGUCACAGGCAGCCCAGCGGGCCCAGGAUCAGGAUCAGGAGCAGGUGCCGGUUGGGGUGCUCCCUCUCCGGCGAACCCCACCGCUACUGUGGCAAAGACAUUGACCGUUGAAGCUGUUCAGUCUGGAUCGACUCCCGGUCCUAUGACUCCGGCGGGCCACGGCAAUGGCAACGGAGCCUGGUCUCCUGAAGCGACCAGCACGCAGACCAUGCCAUGGGUGGCAACGUAUACCGGUGCCGCGGCGGGUCGUUCCAGCGUCGCGCAUGUCUUGGUCCUGGCAGUCGCAGGAGUAGUUGGCCUGGCCAUGGUUGCCAUUUAAUGAAAGAUGGAGGAUUUGCUUUGAUGUGUACGGGGUCGUGAGAUGAGAUGAGAUAAUAUUUUCUCUUGAUUUUUUCCCUUUUUAAUGGCGACAUCUAGAUCGGACAAAUUUGUCUCUGGUAUCCCGUACUCAUUUGAGGCUUUUGUCAGGGAUGCUUCCUUUUUACAUAGUGCCUGACAAAUAUGUACAUGUAUCCAGAGACUAUGUUGGCAUCUCUCAAUCUACAUCGUCGCGAAUUCCAAGGGAGCAUGACAUCUACUUUGUACUGUUUAUUUUCUUCUCACCAUUUGGGUCGGUGACACCACUAGUUGGGUUUUCUCUCUUUUAAAAUUUCAUCAUUCUAGGUUUAGGUGACUUGAAGGUGGGUUUUAUCACUUGCUUUGUUGUUGUUGUUGUUGUUCUUCUUCCUAGGGGGAAACGGAGUAUAGAUUUAACAAUUAACUCACAAC